CUUGCGAGUGGGCGGAGUGGCGAGGGUUUAAAACAUGUCUAGAUUCUAAACUGGAAGUCUUCGGAGUUCGGAGCUGUCAGUCAAAUCCUCCUCCUUCGCCAUCGUAGAUAGAGAGGGAGAGAGAGGAAUUCUCGCAGAGAAAAAUGGCGAAAUCGUCCGCGAGUAAGGAUGUUCAAGCUCUCUUCCAGUCUCUUCGAUCUGCUUAUGCUGCAACCCCUACUAACCUCAAGAUCAUCGAUCUCUAUGUCAUGUUUGCUCUCUUCACUGCUCUGAUUCAGGUGGUAUACAUGGCCAUUGUGGGAUCAUUUCCAUUCAAUUCUUUUCUCUCAGGGGUACUUUCUUGUAUAGGGACAGCAGUCCUAGCUGUUUGUCUUAGAAUCCAAGUUAACAAAGAAAACAAGGAGUUCAAGGAUCUCCCUCCAGAACGAGCUUAUGCAGAUUUUGUUCUCUGCAAUCUAGUGCUCCAUUUGGUGAUCAUGAACUUCCUUGGAUAAUAAUAAACAUCUGCCUCUUUAAAAUUUUCUGAAUGCUACUUUCCAUAUGUCACACUAGACCAUCAAGGCCUUAAGUUAGACAUGUUGAGACUUAACAUCACUAUCUUCUUAUACAUUUACCUUAUGGACCCCUGAAUGGCUGUAUUUGUGUUGUUUUUUUGUAGCAAUUCUAUUUACACAUUUAAGUUGAAAGUAAACAAACAGACAACUAUGAAAUUUACUUUUAUUUGUGACAGUUGUCCCAAUAGCUUUGUCUGAUUUUUCAUUUUGUGUCCAAAACCACGAAAAAGCAAAGAAAUAACCUUGAGUUACUCCUAUUAAAGCAUAAAAAGUCAAUUGUUCU